AUGACGAUCACGAAGCUUGGUUCCGUUCUUCUUUCCUUGUCGGGUUUGCCCAUAAACAAUGCAGCCAUCAUUGGAAACACUGAAACACGUCGCAAUACCCCACGUCUUAGGGCAGCAGAUGGGUUUGCAAACAUGCAGGCCACCUAUCGAGUCUUUCAGCCACUCCAAGACACUAUAUUGGAGGUUGACGAUGAGCAAGAUGCAAUGACAGAGCUGAUGGAUGCAUUCAACGUCGACGGAAUCAUGAGUAUGGACACGACCAUUGAUCCUACGAUUGUCAUCACCGCUGUACCCUCGGACAAUCCCUCGUUGGGACCAUCCUCUGCCCCAUCUUUGUUGCCAUCGAAGGCUCCGUCCAUCCAACCUUCAUCGGCCCCAACAACUUUCACACCAGCCCCCACGGAAUCAACAAUGCCCUCGAUCUCGCCAUCAGUCAGUCAGGCACCCUCCCCUUCAGAGCCAACAACUUCUGCGCCUUCAGCUGCACCAACUGUAUUCCCAAGUGCAACCCCGUCCGCAGUUCCCACUGCAAGGCCUACUUUUUCCCCAAGCAACUUCCCAAGCUCUCCACCUUCUGGGGGUAUCAAAGGGAUUACCACAAUUGUUCCAACAGAUCGACCCUCCACAACUCCAUCUGCACUCCCAACAAGUGGUCCAUCGGCAAGCCCUUCUUCUGCUCCCACUUUUUCGCCAUCCUCUGAACCUAGCAAAUCUCCCACCGGCACGCCCUCUGCCUCCCCAAGCGCGUUUCCCACUCCCACACCCACUGUCGUCGGCUGCCCAGGAGUGUCUGCCGAAGCUCGUAGAAACCAAAUCUUGGCAAUCUUGCAAGGCGCUACGGCCGUUCAAGACCCCACAGUGCUCACCGACACAUCCACCUCCGAAGGACAAGCCACCGAAUGGUUGCUGAACGGAGACGCCCUAAAAAUCUGCCCAGACGACCCCAAGAUUGUCCAACGAUGGGUGCUUGCCGUCAUGUAUUUCAGCACCAACGGGAAUGACUGGGACCAAUGCUCUGACAACUUGCUCGCAGAUGAUGACUGCGGCAACGAAGAGCCCUUCCUUGGGAAGCAAAGAUUCCUCAGUGGCUUUAACGAGUGCGAAUGGGCCGGCGUUUUCUGCAACGAAGAGUUGUGUGUGACGGAAAUUGAGUUUGAGCUCAACAACUUGGUGGGUACUAUCCCUACAGAGAUGGGGCUAUUGACCCAUUUGGAAGUUUGGGGAAUGGAACGCGGCACGUUGACAGGAACAAUUCCGACAGAGAUCGAAUUCAUGACCAACCUGCACUUUCUGGAUCUAGAUUUCAACCGACUGACUGGAAGUCUGACGACUCAGUUGCUCUCGUUGUCAGCUCUCGAGCAGCUCGAUUUGAACGGAAAUUUGCUGACUGGUUCUAUCAAUGGCAUUGGCGUCUUCCCCAACAUGAUGUUCCUCCAACUUCACGACAAUGCAUUCACCGGAACUGUGCCUGAAGCUGUUGGCAAUUUUGCAUCUCUUACAGCUUUCACUCUUCAUCAGACGGAUAUCUCAGGAGUCAUGCCCGAAUCUGUUUGUGACUUGCUUUUCACGGAAGGCAACGGGGGAAGGCUGGGUUCCUUGAUUGCUGACUGCCAAGAACCAAACCCAAACGUUGAAUGCGACUGCUGUACCGAUUGCCGCCUUGGAUAA